AAAAAAAUAUUUCUUUUUUUUAAAAAAUCAAAAUUAUUAUCAAAUAUGAUUUCAAAAUUCUUCGAAAAUUUUAAUUACCUUUCUUUGAUAGUGAUCAUAAUAAUAUUUUAUGUAACAUAUUAUUAUUAUAAAUAUUUUAAUCGUAUCAAUCCUUUACCUGGACCAUUCCCAAUCCCAUUCUUUGGAAAUUUACAUCAAUUAUUUAUUUUUCAUGGUGGAAGUUUAAAAGAAUUUUAUAAUUUUAAUUAUAAGAAAUAUGGUGAUAUAUUUGAAGUAUAUUUUGAUACAAGAAGUAUAACUUUAAAUAGUUCAGAACAUAUUGAAAAAAUUUUAUCAGCUUCAACAAGAAAUCCAUAUAUUAUGAAAUUAUCUGAAGAUGAUAGUAAAGGAUAUUAUGAAUUAGGAGUUAUGGGAAAAGGUUUAUUAAUAAAUCAAGAAUUUAAAUCAUGGAGAUAUAAUCGUCAUUUUUUUACACAAGCUAUUUUAUCACCAAAAUUUGUUCAUGAAGCUACUUAUUGGACAUGUAAACUUUUUGAAGAAUUGGAAAGUUAUUGGAAUAAAUUAUAUUUUAAAGGUGAUAAUAAAAAUGUAUUAGAUUUCUCUUUAUGGUCUAAUCAAUUUACAAAUGAUAUGAUUUUUACUUUAUUAACUGGUGAAAGAUCUUAUUCAAUGGCAAGUUAUUUUAAUGAACUUAGUGAUAAUGAAAAAGCUGAACGUCCUUCUGCAUUAAUUGAUGAAACUGUAAAAUUUGUUCAAGCAAUUCGUAAAUAUCUGAUGGGUAUUUUAUUGUUUCAAAUAGUUUCUCCUUUUUUACGACAUUAUUUUCCAUAUUUUAAGAAUAAAUCAGGUGAUAUGAUAGAAAAUUUGAAAUAUUUGAAUCAAAGAUUUGAUUCAAUUAUUAAGAAACGUAGACAAGAAAUUGAAAAUACUCCAUUAGAUAAACCUUUAUCAAAUGAUAUGUUGACAUCAGUAAUUAUUGCGAAUACACCUCGUGAUGUUAAUUAUGAUAAAAAUGUCAAUGAAAAAGAUAUGAGACCUAUGACUGAUAUUGAAAUUCGUGGUAUUAUAUUUGAUGGUAUAGUUGCUGGAACUGAUACUACUGCGAAUACAAUUUCAUACAUUAUCUAUUAUCUUGCACAUAAUCCAGAUGUUAAAAAGAAAAUGUUGAAUGAAAUUGAUAGAAUCUUUCAGGGAGAUAAAACACGUCCAAUUACCGAAAAUAAUUUAAAUAAUUUAAAAUACUGUGAAGCUAUUGCAAAAGAAGUAUCUCGUAUCUUCUCAGUUGUAAAUUCGUUACCAAGAUGUCUUGAAAGACCUGAAGAAAUAGCAGGUUAUCAAUGGCCAGCUAAUACACAUGUUCGAAUUAAUAUUGAUGCUAUUCAUCAUAAUAGUGAAUAUUGGGAAGAACCAGAAAAAUUUAAUCCUGAUAGAUGGUUAGAUGAAGGGUUUGAACCAAAGAAAAAUUCUUUUAUUGCAUUUGGUAAAGGUUUGAGAAUCUGUCCGGGAAGAAAGUUGGCAAUUAUUGAAUUAGUUUGUUUAAUGUCUUUAUUAUAUAGGAAGUAUGAAAUUGAUUUGGUAAAUAAGGAUGCUCCUUUAAAAACCUUAUCUUUUUCUAUAACAGCUUGUACCGAGUUAUUAGUAGAAAUUAGAUUAAGAAAUUAAUAAUUUCACUUUUAUAUUAUUUUUUGUUAUAUUUUUUUUAUACACAUAUGAAUAUGUAUAUUUUUGAUUUUUGAUUUUCGAUUUCUCUA